GAGGCAGGAGCCGUAGGGGUUAAAGGUCGGACGGAAGUCGUCGAAGCUUCCGGUAGCCCUCUUGGGUAGGAGUUAUGGCUAAACACCAUCCGGAUUUGAUCUUUUGCCGCAAGCAAGCUGGUGUUGCCAUCGGAAGACUGUGUGAAAAAUGUGACGGCAAGUGUGUAAUCUGUGACUCCUAUGUGCGUCCCUGCACCCUGGUGCGAAUAUGUGAUGAGUGUAAUUAUGGCUCUUACCAGGGGCGCUGCGUGAUCUGCGGAGGCCCUGGAGUCUCUGAUGCCUAUUACUGUAAAGAGUGCACCAUCCAGGAGAAGGACCGAGAUGGUUGCCCAAAGAUCGUCAACUUGGGGAGCUCUAAGACAGACCUCUUCUAUGAACGCAAAAAAUACGGCUUCAAGAAGAGGUGAUUGGCAGGUGGCCCCUGCCUCCCCCAUCAAGCUGCUGCAGCUGCCAGAAAAGACACCCACACCCACCAGCAGAGAGAGCCCAGCCCGUGCCGCCGCACCCACCCGCCUGCUAGCGUGCUGCCACCUCGCCACCCUCUCCUCCCUCGGCGUGGGCUGGGGUGGGCUUGGAAGAGGAUUCUUCACAGCAUGCUGCCCGCCACCCAGGGAGAACUGACAGAUUGGUUCAUGGUUUUCCGUAACUCUUGAGAAGCAAGGCUCUGUUCUCUCACUGAUGUGUUCUCUCUACUCCAGGAGCUUUAGCAGGAGUCCCUUCCUUCUGAUCCCGUGACAUGGGGCUGACUGUGAAGCUACUCCCCUAGUGUCUAGCAUGUCCCUCAGCAGCUCAGCUCGAUGGCAGUUGUCCUUGAUGACCCUUUGGAGUGUGUCAGGGAGCUAUCAGAACAGUCAGCGUGACACAAGCAUUUAAUCCUGUAACACCACCUGGUGAAGGUUUCAGGUUAGUUUUCUUCUGAAAAAUUGGAACCUCUUUCUGUUGCUAUUGUAUUAAUAAAGUCGGUGUUUAUUUCCUGGUA